AAUUUUUGAUGUUUUUGAUGCCAUGAGGAAUGUGUCGCGUGCCGCUGAAUUUGAUUUCCAGAAAAGGCCUUGGAAUUUAGAAAACAGUGAACGGACUGCAGCGAUUUUUGUCAAUGAAAUAACCAGUAGUUGUUUUUUUAUAAUCAUUCGAACUGAGGCUAUGAAUCGAUCGGUGAGUUACAGUAGUCGAGAAAUGGAAUUUUGACCACUUUGCCAAGAUCAUCUCUCAUUAAGCACAUUUCAACCUAAGUCAAGACGGUCCCGGAAAUCAGCACUUUUUAAAUCAAGGGACACUGUCAUUCCAGUCAAAAACUACCAAGGACGUGCACACACUUCUAGGUGAUCCAGGUACUGAAACAUAACUGGCCUUUACAAAAUGACAGAACUUCGGGAACGAGAUAUUCCCCACAAGGAAGAAAAUGGAAUUGACAACAGUAAAUUGGCAAUGGAAGGCUCAACGGAGAAGGUUGGACUUAAGCGAGAAGUUACUCUCAUAAGCGGUAUCGCGCUGAUUGUUGGCACGAUGAUUGGGUCCGGUAUCUUUGUGUCGCCUAAAGGCGUACUAAGGCAGACAGAGAGUGUCGGAAUGAGUUUGAUCAUCUGGUGCUUAUGUGGUGUGAUAUCCAUGUUUGGUGCUCUGUGUUACGCUGAACUUGGCACAAUCAUUCCAAAAUCUGGCGGCGAAUACAUAUAUCUUAAGUAUACGUUUAAAGAUAUAUUUGCUUUUCUGUUUGCCUGGGUGUCCUUGACCAUACUGAAGCCAUCGUCUGUUGCUAUUAUCAGUCUUUCAUUUGCCGAUUAUGCCGCGCAACCUUUCUUCUCCGACGACUGUCCGGCGCCAGCUCUUACUGUUAAACUCUUAGCCACCGGUUGUGUCAUAUUAAUUGUGUUCAUCAAUUGCGCAAGUGUGAAGUGGGCGACUACUGUACAGAACUUUUUCACCGCUGCAAAGCUGCUGGCGUUGGUUAUCAUCAUUGUCAUUGGAUUCAUCAAUAUAUGUAAAGGAAACACGGAGUACUUGAAGGUAUCAACGUCAUUUGAAGGUUCUGCAACAAAGCUGUUUGCUUAUGGUGUGGCAUUCUAUCAAGGACUGUGGGCAUAUGAUGGAUGGAACCAGCUCAACUACAUUACUGAAGAACUCAUUGAACCAAACAAAAACCUUCCCCGGGCUAUCAUCAUUGGCAUUCCCUUGGUGACAAUACUAUACCUUCUUGUGAAUAUCUCAUACUUCACUGUGAUGUCACCAGACGAGUUGCUUGCAUCCGGAGCUGUUGCUGUGACCUUCGCUCAACGUACACUUGGGCCUAUGGCCUGGAUUAUGCCAGUUUUUGUAUGCUUCUCAACCUUCGGCGCCGCUAAUGGUUCCCUCUUUACGUCCGGAAGAUUGGCAUACGUAGCCGCACGUGAGGGUCACAUGGUGGAAGUGAUUUCAAUGGUACAUGUGAAGCGGUACACACCAUUCCCAGCUCUUGUUUUCACCUCAUGCCUUGCUAUUCUGAUGUUGAUCCCAAGUGACUUUGAUUCGCUGGUUAACUACUUCAGCUUCUCUGCAUGGCUGUUCUACGGAGGAACGGUGGUUGCAUUACUAGUUCUACGCUACACUGAACCAGAUAUUCCUCGUCCUAUCAAAGUUCCUAUUGUCAUCCCAAUCAUCGUAUUGGUAUGUUCCGUGUACCUGGUCUUCGCACCAAUUAUUGAUGAACCGGCCUUGGAGUUCCUGUGGGCAUUUCUCUUCAUCGUGGCUGGUCUUAUUUUUUACUUUCCCUUUGUGCAUUUUCGUUACCAUCCGAAAUUCAUGGGCAAGGUUACCCGUUUUUUUCAACUCUUGUUUGAAGUCGCGCCAUCCUCAUAUGAAGUUCCGGAGGUCGGCCAGGAAAUGUAACAUGAAACAUCCUGUAGCUCGAUUUAUUCCGCCAGUUAUGUACAACUUAGGUAAUUUCCAUGAGCCGACUUCAUGUGCUCUGGACUGGUUAAAUGCCACGCAUUUCCGCGUCGCCUAUAGGUGUGUUAACUUCAACAUACCAAUAGAAUAUAUUAAUCAGAUAUGUAUAGCAUUUGUAAGUACUAUGUCAGAGGUUAUUACCAGAACGUGUAGUUAUGAUUGGCUAAAAGCAACUCAUUUCAGAGUAGCUUUUAGGUUAUUAUAAUCAGCAGUUUUUCGUAAUGAUUUUCUUCCAAUUAUCAAUCAUGGUAUGUAUCAUUUUAUUCAACAAACUUAGAACCAGCAUUUAAUGAAAUUAUGUAAGCUGUGUUAUUUUAAAAUAUAUAGGGAGAAAGACAAAGUAUACUGUACUUCACAGUAGCAAACUUUAAUUGAACCAGCAAGCUUUAUAUCAUAUACUAAACAUCUUUAGCUCUUACUCAACCAGGAGUUGGGGUGGGGUGGGGUAGACCAGGGAUAAAAAUUACAAUUCAUCAGGUAGAAAAAAAAAAAUUAUACAGCACGCCCUCCAAUUCGAGACUCCUCUAAUUCCGGGACCCCUCUAAUUCAAGACCAUUUUUUUUUAAAGAACCAAAUAACAAUUAUUGACAAUCUUUUAACAAGAAGCUAAGUCUCUAAAUGGAGACCCAACCUCGGGACCAGCCCAAAUUUUCAGGUCUCGAAUUGGUGGGUGAACUGUAUGUAUUUUGUUACAUAUUGUUAGAUAUAAUUAUUGAUUAAAAACCUUUCAAAUUCAUAAAUUGUCAUAGCUUUCAGGGAAUUCACCCUUGGACUUUCUCCGAGAGAUUCUGAGCAAUGCUUGUCCACAGGCUAGGCUAGGCCGAGCCGAUGGUCCCGCAUGGCCCAUGUGACCCAUUUACGCUCUUCUUAGAAAAAGCCUGUCACCCACUGUACUCACCUUAAGAAUUUUACAGUUUCAACAAAAACUUGUAGUUUUCGUUGAAUUUUACUAGUAUGUAAAGUCUCGUCUUUAUCGCAAAGAACAAGCAGUAGUUUUUGUCUUAAAUUUCAUUCUUUCCUAAUACCUGUAAAUAUAUUGAAUUUAUAGUAAAUCUUGUGAUCCAAAUUGUUUAAUUUGGCCUGAUUGUCUUUUUAUCUACCAUCAGAUAUUUUUGAUUAUGUAAAUGUGGUUUUAUCACAGAUUUGUAACAAAAUGUUGUGGAUUUGUCAGUAGAGAGUAUUUGAGGGGAAAUGAUACAGAUAUAGAAAAAAGAGUAGGAGAAUGGCCCAUAAAUCGCAGCACCAUUGUACUGAAUUAAGUAUGAAUACCUAGCCGCCAUAAAAAGGUGCUUAUAAUAUCUUCAUGUUCACAUCCUUACACGACAGGGCCUGAAAUGAACCAUUGCAUCAAGGUAACCCCUACUCUUCAGAAAAGAUGCAGUGGGUUCUUUAAACUGCACACACAAGCCAGAUUGAUACACUGGACCUCCAUUUUAAUUCCCUAUUUAAGAAUACUCGGUUCUACCAACCCAACCCUGGGCAAGGAGCGGCUUGAACCGGCGCCAGUGUUAAGACUGCAGUUUAGGGUGCCCCUGUCUUAUCGCAUGGGCACUUGACUCAGCAGUUAGCAGCAAUUUACCAAAAGAUGAAGUGAGAUCGAAUGCCUCUUCAGUUGUGAUUUUCAUUAAUAGUUUCAUCAUAUUUUAGGAACAUUGAACACUAUUGAUAGCAGAUUUAUAUCUGCUGAGUAGUAGAAAUGAGUAGGUUUUGAAACUCUUGACUAAACUAUUAGGUUUUAUGUGGCAAAUUUGUGUGAUUCGCCCUUAUAUGGGCAUGAUGGUGUCAUGUCUCACCCAUAUAUAGGCAUGAUGAUGUCAUAUGACAUGUCUGUGUUUCUUCCAUCCACUGUCAAAAAAAAAGUUACAAAAAUUAUGACAUCUUCAGUUACAUUCUGUAAUAUAAGUACAUUCUUUGUCUGAGUCAGUGUAUUAAUUAUUCUUUUCCAAAUAUAUGAAAUAAGAUUUAUACCAAACCAUACAUAUAAGUGGUAUUUGCCUAUUUAUAAGGCUGAGUAAAUGAAUAGGCAUUUACCAAUUCCUGUUAUUGUUACACUGCCAGUAGACCUCUGUAAGUUGCAUGUUACAUUUCACCUUAAUGAAUCAUGGUACCUUGAUGAAAUUAAUAACACUGUACUUACCAAGAAAAUUCUGCCAAAGAAAUGCAUUAUUUAUGCACUGUUACCUAUCAAAAAAAGAAGGCGUUUCUGGAUUUACUCGAACCUGCAACCUCUUGCUCUCAAGGUGGGCAUCAUACUGCUAGACCACAGUGGAAUUUAUGUAACUAUUGAUUAAAUCAAGUGAAUUUUCGAACAAA